AUGCCCUCGGGCCCCCGGUACCUUGGCGACGUCUGCCAGAGACCCCGAGGGGAGCGCGUCGCGGCCCCGGGGGCGUUCUCCGCCGCCACCGGCUCCUCCGCGGCCCCGCCCUGCCGCUGCGGCCGCCCGCCCGCCUCGCCUCCUCCCCUCGCCCGGCCCCGCCGGCCCGCCCCGAGCCGGCUCCAAUCCCCGCGCGGCGCCUCGGCCUCCAUUGGCUGCGCCGCGCUCCGGGCCGGCGAGGGCGGUGUCCAGGCGGGCCCACCCCGGCCGCUGGGGCCGUGGCCACCACGCCCGGCGCUGCCCCGGGGCGCCGUCCGCGGCGGACUCCCGGCUCCCGGCGGGCGGGGCGGGGUGCACCGGAGAGGGACGGGGACUUUAUACACCCUUGACCUGUGUGGCCGUGCCCUCGGGGCCCAGGUCUGCGCCGGCGGGGCUUGGAGCCACAGUCUGCGCACACGGGGCUUCCAGCCACGCGUCCUGGAACGUUCAGUCCCGAGCGCUCGGAGGUGGGAACGUCGCCUCGGGGUGACUGUAAACAGCUUUCAAACGACCGGCCCCCCAGCUCUGCGCAGCGAGGCCGCCGUCGGGGCUGAGCGACCGGCCGCUCCAACCCGCCCGGCGCGGGGCCGUCUGCGGGGGGCCGUGGUCUUUCAGCGGAUGGGGCUGCAGGGUGGGGAUGUGGAAGGGGAGCAGGGGCACCGGAAUCCGUAG